AUGUCAGCAGUUGGUGCCUCCUCUUCCUGUUCUGCUGCCUUCACCAGAAACCCGUCUGCCAAAUCGAAUUCAAACUUAUUGACUCAAUUCCUGAAAACCAGUUUCCAGGGGCUUUCAGUUCAAGAUGCCAAAAAGGCUACAUUCAAUUCUUUAGUUUGUGAGAGCAAGAUCAGUGGUGUAAAUGUGAGGAAAAGGGGGCUUGAGAUUACAGCCAGAACUGCUGCUGCAAAGAACAUUGAGGUUGAAGUUGACAAGCCAUUGGGCCCGACUUUGGGGCAAAAAUCGGGUGGUGGAGGGAUAAUCACUGGUGUGGAAAAUGGCGGGAAUGCUGCAAAAGCAGGACUCAAAGCAAAGCCUUAUUCUGUCUACUUUGUUGUAAGCAGAGGUGCAGAGGUUGAUGUCAAAAGACUACCAAAACGUCCAGCUCCUCUACACUUUGGUCGGAAAUUAACUGAGUCUCAAAAGGCUCGAGCAACUCAUAUAUGCAUUGAUUGUGGAUUCAUAUAUACCUUGCAAAAAUCUUUUGAUGAGCAGGCAAGCUUUCUCCCCUCCUCUCUUCGAUAUUUUAUCUUAGUAACAAGUACCUUAUAUGAUGCUUACAAAUACAUCACGGUCAGAAUCGUUUACACGAGCAACCAAUUGAUCUCUAAUAAAAUUCUUGUUGGACUAAAUCUUAUGACGCAGCCGGAAGAUUACACCUGUCCACAGUGUAGAGCACCGAAGAAGAGGUUUGCGCGAUAUGACGUUGAAACGGGAAAGGCUAUCGGCGGAGGACUGCCUCCUAUUGGAGUCAUCAUUGGGCUUGUAGCAGGUAUUGGUGGAGUCGGAGCAUUUUUAGUUUAUGGGCUGCAGUGA